AGUUUUAUAGUAAAAACACAUUUUGUGACCUCUUCGUUGUUUCUUGCUUUCAUGAAAAAGACGUUUCUUAUAAAGUUUGCCACUGAAAAUAUUUUUGGUUUAUAUGGGAACAAAAAAAACAGCCCAGUGUAAUUCCGUGUAAGCGUAAUGACAGCUGUGAUGUUAUCUGUUUGAGAUGACCUUGUUCAACUCGCUCGGGCACAUUUCUCAGUGCACAACCUCCCGCACAAAGUAUCACAUUCGUUUUGUGUUAGUGCGAUCGGUGCCUGGAUGUGCGCUGGAUUCAGUUCGGAUGAUGGGGGACAGACUGUUAGAGCACUCAGAGGAGUGUAAAGAUUCUCCUCAGCUGUUUACAUACUAUCAAGGUGAUAUCAACACUGCCGUGGAUGAGCACUUCUUCCGUGCCCUGAACAAAGCCACCAUACCAAAAGACCUCAGCACUAAAGCCAAGGAAAGCAAUAGGACUCCCAAAUCAGAUGCCCCCCUAUCAUCAUCACCAUGGGCUUUUUCUGGUCUAACAUGGUCUAAGUCCACACACUCUUCUGGCUCCUCAAAGUUGACCCAAUUGACAUCCAUGGAAGCCACGCCUCCAUCCCAGGGAGUUAUCGUGAAUCCCUCAGGACUCUCAUCCUCCCUCUGGCCCUGUCCACCCAGACAGAGCACAGCCUUUGAACUGCCUCAAAUACUCUACCAACCACCCGUGGCUGUUGAGGGCAGCACCAGCUCUUACCUGAAUAUGUUACAAAUGGAUCGCCCAACAGGGGGCAUCAUGAUCUCGCCCUUCUCAAAAUCAGAGACCAGACCGGAGUGGAAUUCUGGGACGGCCUUUAAAGAUGUGUCUGGAAGCAGGAUCGGCCUAGAUUCAGGUGUGCCUGCCUCAGAAAUCAAUAAGGAUUUGUACUGGUAUUGAAGAAGAGAUUUCUGGCUUUACAGUGUGACGAAAAUACAUUUUCAGCAUAAGACUGCCUGUGUUUACAUUAUUAUGUAAGCUUAAAAAUGCUUUUGGACAUUCGGUAAAGUGACUCAAACCAUUAUAUUCAUGGUGUCGGACAUUCCUCAGAGAUGAAUGGCAGUUAAUUGCUUCUUUUAGCCGUGAGCAUGUGAAUACGCUAUCUUAUAAUAGGACAUAAGUGAGAAAACCUGAUUGGAAAUAGUUCACUUCUCUUAGCUGGAUGAAUGAGGAAGUAAAGUCUAUUUAUAUGAUUUGUAAUACAAUCAUAGUUUUACUAAACUUUCUUUUUGUAUUAUAUGCUGUUUUGAAAAUUCAUAUUUUUACUGUAAGCCGUAAAAAAAACUGUUGUCA